GCUCAACAUUUUUUGAAUCAAGUUCCACGUGACGUUAGUUUGACGCACGUGUUCUUUUUUUUUUUUUUAAACCCGGGGUGUCCGGUGAGGAAGUGUUUACCGCAAAAUGGUGUACGCGACGUAAAAUUUCAAUUAUUUAUUAAAUUUGUUAUAUCGAUUUCAUUUUGUAUAAAUAAAUACGUGAUCGUAUGGUGCGUGAUUUGAAUAUUUAUUGAUAAUACAUAUUGUGUGUUGGAUUUUUUAUAGUGUAGUGUGUGAAGACAUUUAUGUAAAAAAAAAUAUCAUGGAUAAAUUUCAGAUGAUAUCGACCCUACUCUGUAUCCUAUUAAUUGGACACCAGGUUCAAGCGGUUAUAAAUAAACCAACCUCACAAUCCUCAACGACAAAUGAGGAGGAAAAGAAGGAGGUCGAGGCAGAAGACAGAAUAAGUAAUUCCUAUGGAGCACCACCAGACGUGGGAUUUAAUGGACCAGCACCAGUGUACGGACCACCUGAACUAACAGGGGACAAUAGACCACCACAAAUUUUCUCUCCACCACCACCUGAAAGGCCCCCUCAAUCUUACGGACCACCCAGUCAAUCUUAUGGACCACCCAGUCAAAAUUAUGGUCCACCACCAAAAAUGAAUUAUGGUCCACCGAUACCACAGUACGGACCACCUAAACCACAAUAUGGACCACCGAAAUUAAACUACGGACCACCUAAACCACAAUACGGACCACCAAAACAAUCCUUUGGACCACCACCUCCCUCUGGACAAUUUAAACUACCAAAACCCCAGUACGGACCACCAUCGAAAUUUAACGGACCUCCAUUUGGUUCAAAACCAGGACACGGCAAUGGACCUAUUCCUGUUUCUCUAGAAGCAUACGGACCACCAAAUAGAAAACCUGUUAUUCCAUUUGGUCAUCAAGGAAAUUUUGGACCAGGACCACAACCUCAAUAUGGAGCACCUUUUAAUAAUGAUCUCUACGGACCACCACAACCUCCAGCACCAGGUGUUCCAGCUCCUCCCACACCCCCUGACAUCAAAUACGACGGAUGGCAACCAAUCGCCGGAUUAGUUAGUAGUCCCAAUCAACAAAUUCAUCCACAGGAGAAUUAUCUCCCCCCAGCUGAGAAUGUACCAUUGGUGAAUUUCCACGAUUCUUCAAAUACAAACAUACCCAGUGACUCUUAUGGUGUUCCCCUCAACAAUCCAGAUGAUCAUAAUUUAAAAUCAUCGGUUCAUCAAACAUCAGCCACUGCUGAAAGUCAUGGACUCCCACCACCUCUUCUACCCGAAUUUGAACCCCUUCACGCUGGUCAAGGUCCAGGUAAUGGCGGCAGUAAUUUCGAUUCUUUGAAACAAUUUGGAUCACUCGAGGUACCAAAUAAUCAAUACGGAGCACCGAGUGCCAAUGAUGACCUUAAACUACUAACAUCUGAUCUACAAGGUCUUACUCUCUCCGGUGGAAGUUCAGCUCACGCCGAGGCACUUUCUCCACCGUCCGAUUCUUAUGGAUUGCCAGCUGAAGGCUCGCACGGAACAAUUUCAUCCGAUGACUUAUCGCUGCAACAAUUACCAAUUGCCCCCUCAGGCAAUUAUGGACCACCUAAUUUCCCACUGGCACCUCCACUACCAUCCGAUUCUUACGGUGCACCACCAUCAUCAUCAUUCACAUCAAAUGGACCCUAUCAAUCAUCAAAAGGAUUUAGAGGUGGAGCAUUCUCAUCAGGUUUUUCAUCAUCACAAUCAUUCGGCUCUUUUGGAGGCGGUUUCAAUAGACAUUUUUCUAAAAAUCGUGGACCACCUAGACCUGUACAAUUACAGGGAUCAUUGAUUCCACCAAGAAAUAGACAUCCUUACAAAUUUAGAGAACAAGUACCAAGUGGAUUGAUCUCAAAUCUCAAUAAAUAUCUUCCCCCCGGCCCAAAUGGUGAUCACAUUAAACCACAAAAAACAUACGGUCCACCAUUAGCAUUCGAUCAACAACUUCCACGUUUCAAUGGACAUCAAUCAUUUGGUUCUGGAUCACACUUUUCAGGAUCAUUCACAUCGAGCAAAAAUUUCGGUCAAAUGGUCGCACCGAAUGUAAACUAUGGUACUCCAUUGUCAUUCAAUGAUUUCAAUACACCAGCUCCAGUGCCAACGUACGGUGCACCAAACUUUGGCCCCCCUUCAAUGUUUGCAUCAACAUCAACUGGAUUCGGUGGUAAUCUCUAUAAUAGCGUUAGUAAUUCAUUGUCCAAUACUUAUGGAACACCAGUCAUUAAUUCACAUCUUACUGGAGGAAAAGGUGAUUGCUUCCAACAAGCGAAUGGAGCAAUUGGCUAUAAUCUUCCUGAUGUUGCUGGAUCGAAUUCAUUGUACGAUGCGCCCGUUGAUGGUCUAGCAGCUCCAUCAGUCAGUCAUCUUGAUCUUGAACAACAUAAUCAACAAAGUGGUAAUCUAAAAGACAGCUAUGGCAAUCCUAUUGGUGGAUUACUUCAUGAUCAAACUGGAGCAGCUAUAAAUACAAAUCAAAUUCACGAAUUACCCCAACAAUCGAAUCAAAUUCAACAUUCAUUCAAUUCUGAUACAUCAUUUUUAACAGCGCAUGGAAUUUCAGCUGAAGCAUUAACAGCAGCUCUAACGGAACAAGGUUACGGUGAAGCGAAACAUGCAGUGAAUUCGAAUGAAGUUGAAGCCAGUCAAUUCCUUCGGACUAGUGAAGGUCAUCAUGCCCUUGCUCUGGCACAACAAGGUCUUGUUCCUGAAGGCAAUGAUGGCUUCCAAAUUCAAGGUUCUAAGGGAACAUAUACACUUCAAAUUCAAGCCGCUGAUGGUGGAUUGGGCACUGAGAAUUCCGAUGGAAGUAUCAGACAUGAACAAGUCUUGUCAAAUGGUCUACUUCAGGAUAUUCUUGCAGCUAUUGAACAACAACCAAACGCAGGUCAAAUUGAACUUCAGGGACCACCAUUGGUGCAACCAUUGGAGAAAGUUUACGGUGAUUUAUCACACGCAGCAACAAACAAUGUCGCUAGUAAUCAGUUUGAUUCAAAUGUACACAAUGAGGAAGAGAAUAAGGAUCUUGAAGAAAUGAUAGCUCAAGCUACUUCCAGGCAUGUGGAGAAAUCAUCGAGUGAAAAUACCGAAGCACACAAGGAUCAAAUUGCUCUCUUCUUUAAUAAUAAAAAUUACGAGGAUUCAAAGAAACAAGCGAGAUCUACCUUGAAAAAUGAAAAACAAUCUGAAAAUGAUAAUGCAAAAGAAAAAAGUAGUUAAUUUGUAAAAUUUAGUCUCGUAUUGAAUUCAUCAGUGUUACCAAUUUUUUGGCUGGUGACGUUUUUUCUUUCCUAUUCUUACAAUCAAAUGUUUCGAUAUUUUAGGAUUUUUGGUUAUAAAAAUUCAAUGAUAAUUAGGUACAGUUUUAAUGGUGAUUAGAUUCAAUUCUAAAGACAGGUUAGGUUUUAAAAAUGGAUUAGAAUCAAUUAUUCUAAAGAUGAUUGAAUUAUAUUUUAUUGUUGAUCAGAUUCUAUAAAUUUUCACUUGAAAAGCGAUUAAGUUUUAAAUUUUAAAACAAAGAAUUCAAAUUCUUAUGACAUUUAAUAACUCUAUUAUUAGAUUUGAUUUUAAAAGAUAAUAAUGGUAGUUUCUUAAAAUUAAACACAUUGAAAUUUGAUUACAUUUCAAAAAAGAUCUGACAAUUCUAAAGAUGAUAAUGUUUAAAAAGAUUUUAUAUAAUGAUGAUCAUCUUUAAACUGAUUUAAUCAUUCUAAUGUUCAUAUGUAGAAUAUCAGAUCAUUUUUGAAAUAUGAUUAAUUUCUCAGAUUUCCAAAAAUUAGAUUUCUUAGAUAAUAUUUGAAACAACCAAACUUUGGUUGAAUCAAUCAAAGAAAUGCAUUGCAAACUUUUGUUUGAAUCAACAAAAAGUUUAUUUGGUUUAAUAAAAUUCUUUUUUUGAAAAAUUUAUUCAAAUAAACCAAUUGUUUAUUUAGAUUAAAUAAAUAUUUAUUUGAAUCAAACAAAUUUUGUUUGAAAUAACCAAAAAAAAAAAAAAAAUUCUGUUAAUACAAAAAAAAAAUGGUAUAUUUGGUUCAACUUCAAACAAAACUUUUCUUUGAGUGAAGAAUGAAAUUCCUAGAUCUUUAGAUUACCAAUUCGUAUAUAUAGAUAAUCAGAAUUGAAAAUAGAUAAAACUUUCUCUAUUCGGGAUAAAAUCUAUAGGCAUUAAAAUAUAUUUUUUGUUAGAGUGAAUCAGCAAUACAAGUGCCAUUUUGCUUAUCAACUAGACUUUGAUUGGAUAGCAAUUUUCCGUAACAGGAUUUUUCUAUCGCAAGAGAGACUGAUCCUAUGAAAUGGUGUGAGGUAUGGAAAAUAGGGAAAACUAUAUAUAUAUAUAAGAUUAAUCUACAUUGGUGGAAAAAAGGGGAGACAACCUCCGACACUACGCGGUGAAAGUAAUAGGAAUCUUCAGUAAGAGCUAUUUCACUCUCACGACGAGCUUGUAAAUAUUCAGAAACCACACGAUCCUCUUAAAAUGACUCUCUCGACUAUAUAUCUAUAUAUAUAUAUAAAGAGAGUCUGCCACGAUGAAAGUGGAUGCUAUCACAGCAGACCUCUGGGGUCACUGCCAAACGAUGUCGUGAUCUUGACACGAUUGCUUUUCAAGGUAAAAAUGAGAUGCAUCCAAGUGAUGUUUAUAUUUAUAUGAUUAAAAAAUUUCCAGCGUAAAGUUAUUUGCAUCAAGGUCGUAGUGCUCAAAAGAGAUUAACGCACUUUUGUGACCAGUGUAAAUGUUUUUUAACUUUUUUAUUGUUUGCCAGUAUAUUAUUAUUAUUAUUAUUAUUAUUAUUUUAUUUCGAUUGUACGAAUGAUGCAUAUAAAUAUGUGACGCGCUCUGAGGAAAGGUACCUAAGAAGCAAAUCAUUUUAAGGUUAUGUUUUUCAUAAUUUUACCUUAAUUAAAAGUUUAUUUUUUUAUUAUGUAAAGUAAAAUCAGUUUUUAGUGAAUAUUUUCAAUGUUAUGAAGAUUUAAACACCAAUAAUUUAUAUUGAGAGUUGAUUCCCUUUGUGUAUUUUAUUUUUACUUUAAAAAUCACAAACAUAACCUACAAUUUUUUGCUUCUUAGGUACCUUUCUUCGGAGCGCGUCACAUAUAAGUUUGUGAGUUAAAUGAUGAUGCCCGCGAUUUUCAAUACUCAAAUAGGUCAAUAGGUUAAGAUGUUUCACUUGAAUCACAAGUGUGAAUGUAUUCUGGGAAUGCGUGUUUGUAACAUCUUUUAUGUAUACGAGAGACAAUCUCGAAGAUCAGGUGCUCAUUAGUUGAAAAAUCAUCAGAUAUACUUGAAACACAAUUUACUAGGUGAAAGUUCAAACGAUAUUUAAUGCACUGAAGAAAAUAUUUUCUCUUUGUUUAUAUAUAUAUAUAUAUAUAUAUAUAUAACAAUAUUGGUAUUUAUGUUACGUGUUUUACAUUUCAGUCUUUUAUAGUAUAAACCAAAAGAAGUUUGAAAGUUUACGUCAAUAUAUCAAUCAAAGGCAAAAAAAUAAAUUCUUUUAAUUAGCACACAAUUUAAACAAGACAAGUUUUUUUCAUAACAUAAAUUCAAAUUUGAAUUAAAUUUUUUAUUGGCAAAUGAAAAUUCGGUUCAAGAUUCUGCAAGAUUAAAUUGAUGCCAGAAUUAUAAUUUUUAAAAUUUUUUGGAUAAACAAUAUUUUUGUCGAAGGAAAAUAUUUUCUUUUUUCAGUGCAAUUGCACGCAGAUGAAUUUGAAACAAUUUGCAUAUAGUGGCAUUGUUGUGAAUAUAUUUAUGUGAAUGUUAAAGAAAAAAAAAAUGCUCGAUCGAAUGGAAAAUUUAUUUUUAGAAUUUUUACUACAUUUCAGGUAACUAAAUAUAUAAGAAGGUUGAAAGUGCCUGCGAGGGCUGUCGAUUUCUAGGGAGUAUCAGUAGUUAUAUUGUAAUAGUAGUACUGCCGAGCCAUAAGACAAUCUCGUUUCGCUACACGACCCUUAUUCUAUUUUUUUUUAUGGAUUAAUUUAUUAUUUUAUACAUAAAAUGCCUUGAUGGAGAUAGGCUAUUAUAUUUGUUGAGUGAUCGUCUACAUCUCUCCACGAAUGUAAAGUACGCGAAUGCGCUUGUGCUUUUUUUUUUUAUUAUGUACUCUGCGUAGCGCGUGUAAAUAUAUGCAUAUCUUGUAAAUAAAA